AUGGCUGUGCAAGGCGGAGCGGAGGAGGACGUGUACGCUACACUUCUCUUGAGCGACACAUAUUUACCCGGAGCGCUGGUGCUUGCGCAUUCUCUACGAGAUGCCGGUACCACGAAGAAACUAGCGGUUCUCGUCACACUAGAUACAGUAUCGGCUGAUGUUAUAACACAACUCAAAACCUUGUAUGAUUAUGUUAUUCCAGUCGGCCGGAUACGUAAUUCGCAACCGGCGAAUCUUCAUCUCAUGAACCGAGCCGAUUUACAUUCAGCCUUUACGAAAAUAAACUUAUGGAAGCAGACUCAUUUUCGCAAAAUCGUCUAUAUAGACUGCGAUGUCGUCGCCUACCGAGCUCCGGACGAGCUUUUUAAUAUAUCACACUCAUUCUCGGCCGCCCCCGAUAUUGGUUGGCCCGACCUCUUUAAUACGGGCGUCAUGGUUUUGACUCCGAACUUGGGCGACUACUAUGCGAUGAUAGCAAUGGCCGAGAGGAAUAUUUCGUUCGACGGAGCCGAUCAAGGUCUUAUCAACAUGCACUUCAAGAAUAACUAUAAUCGCCUCAGCUUCACAUAUAAUGUCACGCCUUCUGGUCAUUACCAAUAUGUCCCCGCAUACCGCCAUUUUCAGUCUGGUAUUAGUAUGGUGCAUUUUAUCGGUCCCGAAAAGCCUUGGUUUAAAGGAAGACGCGCCAGUACUGGGAGCUCCCUCUAUGACGAAAUGACCGGAAGAUGGUGGGCUGUUUAUGACCGACAUUACCGAGUUCCGACUCCAGCGCCUACACCCUCUAUCCUCGGCAAGCCUGCAACUACAUCCACGGCCAAAUCUUCUACUACCAUAACUCCUACAACCACGCAGCCGUCAAUUGAAUUGGUGCAAUUCUUCACCAAGGGAGAGUAUCAGCCAAAGGCUACCCACUUCCAGAUAACUGGUGAGCUUCAUAGUGGCGUUAGCAGCGAUCCCCACCAGCAUGUCCAGCCCCCGGUUCCGGAGUCAUAUUCCCAUGAACAUGGACAUCGCGAACCGUUUCAUUCGCAUGAUGCUUCCCAUUCUGGACCUCACGGUCAUGGCCACUAUGAUCAUGGUGUCCACCAACAUCAUGGUCACGUAGAGGCCCCGUCCGAAACCACUGCUCCGCAGCUUGACCCCUCCACUUCUUUUCAAGCGUCGUCUUUUCAUACCAAUGUCGAGGGAACUCACACUGAGGCUCGAGAAGGGCAGGUCCCCGAACCCUCUCAUGGGGCUCCCCCACCCAAGGACGAGGCCGAGCAGAAACCACCACCAUUCCAGCCUUCUAUGUCAAACUGGGAUGCGCAGAGAGAAUCUCCCCCCGCAGAUUCAAAGCCCGAAGCCAUGAACUUCCCCGCGACUAUAUACGAGAUGUCUCAUGACUCUACUCCGUUUGUUGCUCCUCAACGAUACCCAAGCCCCCCAAGAGAUAUGUGGUACGAAGUUCCCAAGGAACGCCCAGCGCCCCCUUCCGAACCGCCCAAACCAAUAUUCCCAUGGGAAACUGAGCGAGCCCCACCGUCUCGCGUAUUCCCCGACGAGCGCCCUCAGAAUAUCGAGCCCGACACGGGCGGCUCCGAAACACCCACGGGUACACCAUGGGCCGCUCCUGAUCCUCAAGCUUCUUCUGAAUCAUCAGUUACGGAAGCGUCAACAGUUGAACAAAAGAGCGAGCCAACCACACCAACCACGCCAACCAUUCACAUCACACCGUCUGAUCCUUGGUCUUCUUUCACGUUGACUAAUGCUUGGGAUGGGGUACCUGAGAUUGAGCGCUACGUCGAUAAAAUACAAAAGCACAAACGAACGCGAAGUCUCAAAUCUCCCGGCGUGUUGACGUUGCCUGGGUUUGGCGAGGAGGCCGAGAUUACCUGGCGCCGGCGAGGAAGCAAGCUCACUGACUUCCCCAGCGAAGCUGAGCGUCCCAGCCUGCCAGUUACUCCAGCACCUAUCCGCCGAGCAAAAUUUUGGGGUGGCGGCCCCAACGUCGGUUAUGAUACUGAUGAAAACCCGCUGUUGCCGGCCGCGGAGGGCGUGCCCGCGCAGACGGAAUGGGAUCCUGUGGCUCAGCUUCAGAAAUUGGCUAAGCAACAAUCUGAAGCAUUGCUGCGAAAGCUUGGAGGCGAUGGCCGAAAUAGUAGUGAUUUACCUUCUAGGCCUCUGCCCUUCGGCUCCGAGGAAUUGAUAUCUCCGACUUAUGUCGUGCAAUCCGCCAAUGUCUUGAGUCCCCAGCCGGUAAAAGGCGGGGUUAGCUCAAGUGCGGUUCACAGUAUUGAGUCCAAUUUAGAGGAGACUCCGCGAAUCUCGACCCAAAGUACCGUGACGGCGGAUACGACGACGAUACCCGAACCGAGUUAUGCUGGCCCUGGUGCUGCAUUCGAGAAAGGCGAAAAUAUCCCUACCGAAGACGUACCCACUCUGCGAAUCGCUACUGCUGGACUUGGUAUUCCUACAAGACCUAGUAGUAUACCAGAACCGAGUUAUACUGGCCCUGGGCCUGCGUUCGAGAAAGAACAAAUAUCUCUAGAGGAAGAUGUAGACUAA